AUGCUGUCACUCAUUCUGUCUGCUGAACUGGAGGGCGUGACGGGCCUCCAGCCUACUGAUACCGAGGAGAACCCGUAUUUCUACACUUUUCGCGUGAAAUGCACCUCGUGUCAUGAGAUGCACCCGAACUGGGUCAGCUUCACCCGCUUUGAGCAGCAUGAGAUCCCGGGUAGCCGCGGUGAGGCCAAUUUUGUCUGGAAGUGCCGUCUCUGCAGCAAAACCCACUCCGCUAGCAUCACCGCUGGCCCUCACGUCUUUGAAGCCCAGGAGGACCCAAAGAAGAAUAAGAAUGGUCAGAAGAUCAUCGAAAUGGACUGCCGCGGCCUUGAGUUCACUGAGUUUAAGCCUGACGGUGAAUGGGAAGUCAAGGGAGCUGAGUCGAACACGUCUUUCUCGGGUAUUGACCUCUCCGAUGGUGAGUGGUAUGACUAUGAUGAGAAGUCCAGCGAGGAGGUCAGCAUCAAGGAGAUUACUUGGACGAUUGGUCGGUAA